GGGGCGGCGGCGAGCCGGGGCGGGGCGGGGGCCGAGGCGGCGGCGGGCUGAGGCGGGCUGAGGCGGGCUGAGGCGGGGCGCGCCGGGCCGGGGCUGAGGAGGACGCGGGGCCGAGCGCGGCGGCGGGCUGAGGGCGCCAGGGGCCGAGCGGAGCCGCGGGCGGAGCGCGGCGGGCCGCCGGGGCUGACGUGAGGAGCGCGGUCGCCGCCGCCGCGCCUCCUGCAUCCGGGCCGCGCUCCUCGGCGCCCGCGGCGGGCGGGCGCGCUGGCGGCGGCCAUGGCGGCGGCGCUGGCGGGCCGCGGGGCGCGCGGCGGCAGGGGCCGGCCCCCGGGCGGGCGGGCGGAGGGGGCGGGGCCGGGGCGGCGGGCGGCCCGCGCGGCGGCGGCGGCGGCGGCGGCGGCGGCGGCCGGGACGAGGAGGCGGCGGCGGCGGCGGCGGCGGCGCGGGGCGCUGGGGCUCAUGGCGGCCGCGGCCGGGCCCGGGGCGGCGCUGUCCCCGCGGCCGUGCGACAGCGACCCGGCCAGCCCCGGAGCGCAGUCCGCGAAGGAUGACACUGAAGAUAAUUCAAAUGAUGGCACCCAGCCGUCCAAACGGAGGCGGAUGGGCUCAGGAGACAGCUCCAGAAGUUGUGAGACUUCAAGCCAAGAUCUCAGCUUCAGUUACUAUCCAGCGGAAAACCUGAUCGAGUACAAGUGGCCGCCCGACGAAGCCGGCGAGUACUACAUGCUUCAGGAGCAAGUCAGUGAAUACCUGGGUGUGACGUCCUUUAAGCGGAAGUACCCAGAUUUAGAGAGGCGAGAUUUGUCUCACAAGGAGAAGCUCUACCUGAGGGAGUUGAAUGUCAUCACGGAGACUCAGUGCACCCUAGGGUUAACAGCGUUGCGUAGUGACGAAGUGAUUGAUUUAAUGAUAAGAGAAUAUCCAGCCAAACAUGCGGAAUACUCGGUUAUUCUACAAGAAAAAGAACGCCAGCGAAUCACCGACCAUUAUAAAGAAUAUUCUCAAAUGCAACAACAGAAUACUCAGAAGGUCGAAGCCAGCAAAGUGCCUGAGUACAUCAAGAAAGCUGCCAAGAAAGCAGCUGAGUUUAAUAGCAACUUAAACCGGGAGCGCAUGGAGGAGAGAAGAGCUUAUUUUGACUUACAGACACAUGUCAUCCAGGUGCCUCAGGGAAAGUACAAGGUGUUGCCCACCGAUCGGACGAAGGUCAGCUCUUACCCAGUGGCUCUCAUCCCCGGCCAGUUCCAGGAGUAUUACAAGAGGUACUCCCCGGAUGAACUGCGGUAUUUGCCAUUGAACACAGCCUUGUAUGAGCCCCCCCUGGAUCCUGAGCUCCCCGCCCUGGACAGUGAGGGCGACUCGGAUGAAGCAGAAGAUGGCCCAGGCGAGGAGAAGCGGAAGAGCAAAGGCGCCUCGGACAGCUCCUCUGGCAAUGUAUCUGAAGGGGAAAGCCCUCCUGACGGCCAGGAGGACUCGCUUCCAGGACGACAGAAGCCCAAAGACAAAGCUGCCACUCCAAGAAAAGAUGGUUCCAAACGUUCUGUACUGUCCAAAUCACUUCCUGGGUACAAGCCAAAGGUCAUUCCAAAUGCUAUAUGUGGGAUCUGUCUGAAGGGUAAGGAGUCCAACAAGAGAGGAAAGGCUGAGGCUCUCAUACACUGCUCCCAGUGUGAGAACAGUGGCCAUCCUUCCUGCCUGGACAUGACCACGGAGCUUGUUUCUAUGAUUAAGACCUACCCAUGGCAAUGUAUGGAGUGUAAAACAUGCAUUGUGUGUGGACAGCCCCACCACGAGGAAGAGAUGAUGUUCUGUGAUGUGUGUGACAGAGGUUAUCAUACUUUUUGUGUGGGCCUUGGUGCUAUUCCAUCAGGUCGCUGGAUUUGUGACUGUUGUCAGCGAGCCCCCCCAACACCCAGGAAAGUGGGCAGAAGGGGGAAAAACAGCAAAGAGGGAUAAAACAGUUUUUGUCAUACCGUAAUAUGCAUUUAUGUGGAAUAUUUGGUGCCAGUUUACAUUUUCGUUUUUACGCUAAUAAAGAAAAUUUUUGAAAAUAA